GGGGAUUUGACCACUCCAGUGAGAGCUUCCUAGAUAUUUCUUAAUUUGGAAGUCCCGGAAGUUUAGGGUCCUUUGCGCAUUGACUGACAGGAAGGCUGCGUAAGACGCAGCAGACGGAAGGCACCGAUAUCUUUCCCGGGAUAUUAGAAAGUCUUCGAAAGCACAACGUGAAGAUUCACUAGGGGCCUACAUUUAAAGACUUGUCGACAUGGAAACACUCGUGGAACGUCUGGAGCAGACUGUGAUUCGCCUGGAGCAGGUGUCCCUUAAGAUGCAGGCGUCCAAUGGUAUGGACAACGGGGCUUGUGUCAAUGGCAUCAGUGGAGUGUCCCAGUACGUGGACGCCUAUGACUGUCUGCUGCGGGGCCCAGUGUCAGAGUACCUGAGGAACAGCCGUGCGAUAGGAGCAGAUGUGGAGAAACACGCAGAGAUGGUGAACAAUGCCCUGCAGAUCCAAAGGACUUUCCUCAAAAUGACAGCCACGCACCAAGAGCCUGCACAGACAGACCUCUCGGACCUGUUGAAACCCAUAUCGGAGCAGAUCCAUCUUAUCCAGAGCUUUCGGGAGCGUAACCGUGGCAGCAGCCUCUUUAACCACUUGUCGGCUGUCAGUGAGAGCAUCCCAGCGCUGGGCUGGGUCGCUGUGACUCAGAAGCCCGGUCCCUACGUGAAGGAGAUGAACGAUGCUGCCACCUUCUACACCAACAGAGUCCUUAAGGACUACAAAGACUCAGACAAACAGCAUGUGGAGUGGGUACGUUCCUACCUGUCAAUCUGGACAGAGCUGCAGAACUACAUCAGACAUCACCACACCACUGGUCUUGUCUGGAGCAACACAGGUCCCAUUGCUACUUCCACACUUUGCACGCCCGUCCCUGGCUACCCCUGCCCCCCUCCACCACCACCACCCCCUCCCCCCGGACCUCCCCCAGGCUCCAUGGAUGAGACUCCCCAGCCUGAUCGCAUGGCCAGCCAGCAUGCAGCCCUGUUCGCCCAGCUGAACCAGGGGGAGGUCAUCACCAGUGGCCUGAAACAUAUUUCGGAAAACCAGAAGACUCACAAGAACCCCGGCCUGCGAUCCCAGGGAGGGGUCCAUCCCUCCACCACCUCAAGGAACAGGGCCCCCGGGGGCUUCUCUGGCAGAGGCCCCCCCCAGAAAAGACCCCCUCUGCUGGAGCUGGAGGGAAAGAAAUGGCGCGUGGAGAACUUUGAGCAGAAUCAUGACCUGAUCAUCGAGGACACAGAGCUGUGCCAGGUUGCCUAUAUCUACAGCUGCAGCAACUCCACCCUGCAGAUCAGGGGCAAGAUCAAUUCCAUCAUUGUUGACAACUGUCAGAAGCUGGGCCUGGUGUUUGACAACGUGGUUGGUAUUGUAGAGAUCAUCAAUUCCAAGGACAUUAAGUUGCAGGUACUAGGGAAGGUUCCCACCAUCUCCAUCAACAAGACAGAGGGCUGCCAUGUCUACCUGAGCAAGGAGGCCCUAGACUGUGAGAUAGUCAGUGCCAAGAGCUCUGAGAUGAAUAUCCUGGUACCUCAGGGUGAUGAUGACUUCAGAGAGUUCCCAGUCCCUGAGCAGUUCAAGACCGUCUGGGAUGGUUCUAAACUGGUGACGGAACCCACAGAGAUCGCUGGCUGAUCGAUGCUUCAUCCCCAACAUCAUCAUCAUCAUCCCUUGUGCUUUUGUGGAUAAGGGAAUGGGUUCAAUGCACGGAGAUGAUGGUAACCUGAUGUAGCAAGCAGAAACAACUGCACUAAGCUAAUAAAAAAUAGGUUGUAGUUUAGCAUUGAGAUUAAGGUUGUCACGGUAUUUGAUUUUCACAAUUCGAUUAUCUUGGCCAAAGUAAUUUACAAUAACAAAAACCAAUAUAUAAGACUUUGUCAAAUUCAUAACUUUGUUUGUGUGUGUUAUAUGAGUGUAGGGAGGUAGAGAGAUAGUCUGUAACCAUAACUCUACAAAUUAAAAGCAUACAAAAAUAACAAUUAAAUUUCCGGUCAGUUCCGACAAUUUAAUUAACUCUAGUCAAUAAAUCGAAAACUAUCUUUCCCCCCAAAAAAUGUCUGUUCUCGAACAUGGCUCAAAAUAAUAGCAUUUUCAUAUAAUAUGCUGAAAACCGAUUCAUUUUAAACCAAUCAGAAAUGUCAGUCACAUGAAAAAUGAACUAAAGACUCAUACCUGAAGACCCUGUAGAGUGGCGAAUGAAUCAUUUCUGUUUCCUCUACUGAGCCUAUUCAUCUUUCACGAUGCACGGCCACGAGAAGAUGAACGAAUCACUCUCUGAGACGACUCGUUACUCCCGAGUCAUAUUAGAGAUUUGUUAAAAGUGAACAAAUCGUUCAUGCAGAACACAUCACGAAACACAAUUACCCACAAUCCUCAAAUCACUCCACUGAGUGCUCAACCAGACACCCACAAAAUAUGUCGUCCAGUUACAGGGUGUAUGACACUAUACCCGGAAUCUAACACGUCGGAAUUCCACUUUAUAAAUUGUUGUCCCAUGUAGCGCCUUCAUCACUGAAGAACACCUCAUUUGUCUUACAUUUGUGUGCCAUAGCAAUAAAGGCAUUUAUAUAAGUAUGGUAAUGGCUACAUACAGUACGUACUUCCUAUUUACACCUGUGUCCAAUUUGAAAUGGUGAAGUACAGUAUGUCUCAGACCUAAAAGGGAUUCUUUUCACCUAAAGAUGGUCAGUAUUUCACUGUUUCUUGGUUUGUGCUUCUUUAUAUUUGAUGUUUGGGGUGUUUUUCAGUUGAUCAGCGGCAGAGAGGGUGAAGGUAUGGCAGGAGUAAUCAUGACAGCUGAAGGGGUUAAAACAGGAUAUAGAACAGUGCAGAUACUUCAUUGGCUGGCGUAUUAAAUUGAGGCCUUAGAAGAUGCUAUGAGUAAAAAGUAUACAGUAUGUUAUAGUAUGACAGAAGCCGUAGAAUUGUUUGUGUUUGCCUUAUUAUGUAAGAUCAAUUAUGCUGAAAAGCUGAUUAUGUUGAUGGUGUUGUACAUUCUAGUUAAAACUCAGUGAGGUUUAAGCCUGGCCAGAUUUUACUGUGUUCAAGCAGCUCUUAUAAAGCAACUAAUUGUUCAGAGGUCUGUUAGUAGAGGAAUUCAGUAUAAAUCAAUGUGCCUUCUAAUCAAAAGUAUAUAUAGUCUUUCAAAAUGCAGCUUUUACAACCGUAAGAAUAUUUUGUGUCAGGUGUAAUUGUGCAUAGAAGGGUCUUUAUACUUUUGAUGUCAACAGUACAUGAUCAUUAGAUUACCAGCACUGUAUACCUUUAUGCUAAAACAUAAUAGAAAUUGACAGUUUGUGCCCAUCCAUUAUUAUUACACCAACUUUAUUACGUACUGGGCUUUGCAUCGGGCAAAGAUGCGUAGAGACACCAGCAUAGAAGAUUAGUUCACCAUUAGUGCUUUCACAACGUUUAAGUCAACACAAAUGAAUACAAUAUAAAUGUGACUAUACGUUUUUCUAAAUAAAUAAAAAUUGUCCAA